ACUGGCGGCGCUGUGCGGGCUGAGCUGAGCGCGGCGCUCCUUCUUUCCGACCGCGCUGCCCGCGUGCGUACGUCUGCGCCUUGCUCUUUAUUUUAGCGAUCUCGGCGCUGCUCGUCUCGGUCAGCCUGACUUCCGUGCAGGGUGGUGGAAAACUGAGAUUUGCAAAAUGAACAAAGAUGCGCAGAUGAGAGCCACCAUUAACCAAAAGCUGAUAGAAACAGGAGAGCGAGAGCGCCUUAAAGAUUUGCUGAGAGCCAAGUUAAUUGAAUGCGGCUGGAAGGAUCAGUUGAAAGCGCAUUGCAAAGAUGUCAUUAAAGAAAAAGGAUUAGAGCAUGUUACUGUUGAUGAUUUGGUGGCAGAAAUCACUCCCAAAGGUAGAGCCUUGGUACCAGACAGUGUGAAGAAAGAACUCUUACAAAGAAUAAGAACGUUCCUCGCCCAGCAUGCCAAUCUUUAACUUCGAUGGUUGUCUUGGAUACAGCAUUUAUGUUUCUGCAUUAUGUCAGUCAUGUCAGGAUUGGAAUGCAGUUUCCAUGCUUAAGGAUUAAAGUUUUGUCUUUUUUUUUUUAUGAUGAGUUGAAAUUUUGUUGCACUGCAUCAAUUUCUUGGUGUUAUUUUAAUAAAAAAUUCUGUGGA